CGAUGAAAAUUGUCAAUCCACAGCAGUAUUCUACCUACAAUAUUGUAAUUAAAUAGUGUGAAAAUAUAGAAUAUAUUAUGGGAAAAAAGAUUAUUGUUUGGAAUGUUUGAAUUUUCUACAUCUAAAAAUAAUGCAUGGAAGCAACCAAAACCACAGAAUGAAAAUUUUAAAAUUUUACACCACAAAUUUUUGGUUAAAUUUACUUAAUUCUUUUCAUGUUUUCUCAUCCGGAGGUAUCUAUCUAAUAUUUGAAUGUUACUAUCUAAAAGAAAAUACUUGAAUCUAUAAAAAAUUCCAUAGUUUGGGAAACUCUGGAAAGGCAACAUUUUAAGAUUAGCAUGCUCCCAAGCAUCAGUAAGUUCAAUUGUACAGUUAUAUCCACUUUUAAAUUCUCUUGGAAGUGGGAGAAACAACUUCCAUCCUGAAGAUCCCUAGACCCAAAAAUUUAUGUAAAUGAGCAAAAGUAAAUUCUGAAUAAUCAGAAACUAUUUUUCUGUUCAGCCCAAAUGCUUUGUAUAAAAACUUUAACUGAGUUCUUCAACUUUUCAUACUUAUGUCCAUCUUCAUGAACAUUAUGCAAUUCAUAUAGGAUAAUUAUUUUGAGAGGCACAAUACCAAAUGGUAUCAGACUAAAGUUGGAAGGGCUAUAUGCUGAUGAUUAUCCAUUUACAACUUUAAAACAAAUGAUGAGACUACAAUGAGAGAGAGAGAGAGAGAGAGAGAGAGAGAGAGACAGAGACAGAGACAGAGAGACAGAGAGACAGAGAGACAGAGACAGAGACAGAGACAGAGAUUCAAGACCUAGGGUUCAGUGAAUACAAGCUAUGCAUUUUAUCACUAAGGUAAAUCCCCAGCUCCAGAUCCUACUAGUAAUUUAAUUUGUAGAUGGCCUAUAUUCAUAUGUUGUUGAGAAAAUGGGCAGAAAAAGCCAGAGAGAUAAGCUGGACUGAAUUUAAAGACAAAGCACAAUCAGUCAUUGUUGAAAGUUAUUUUUAUUUUCCUGCAAUUAGAAAUCAUUUAUCCAUUUCUUUGAAUUGAUUUUCAAAACUGUUGUUAUUGCUUAUUUCUGAGAUAGAAAUUCAGUUCUCUCUGUGUAGCUAGGCUGGCCUCCAAGUCUGCCCCUGAGGUCUGGGAUUAUGGCUGUGCCACCAUGCCUGGUUCCCAGGACCUCUUUCCAUGGAUAUUUUAUUAAGUGUAGCACUCAGGGGAGGCAGUGUGUGCACAGCACUAACUAUUAUUGUACUUUGGAGAAUUUUGCAAAUUGCAAAUUUGAUGUCUGUAAAAGAGGUGACUUUGUCUAUCAAUUCUCUAGUGGUAAGGUCACUAAUGUACAAGUUGAUAUUACUGAUACUUCAAUAUUUGAAGAGGAAGCUAAAACAAAAUUUGAAUCAUCUUACUGCUAAAUAUCCUCAGUAAGUACUACAUAAUCUAAAAAUGCUGUUUUGUUUAUAUUUAUAGUUGCACUUUUGGCAUAUAAUGCAGUGCUUCAUUCAAACAGGUGUUCACUUUGUACUCAUUGAAUAACUAACUUGAAACAUAAAGGAAAUCAAUGAACUGUCUGGGGACUUAAGAUUUAUCUAAAAUUUGUCUGCACACCAAAUUUCAAAAGAACUAUCCACAUUCAGAAAGGAACAUAGUUUAAUGUUGUCAGAAUAACACCAAUCUCUAUGAUUCUGCUAUUUUAUUUAAAUCUCUGAAGGUCAAAAAACAUUAAUCUCUCAUUUGGUUCCAUAUUCCUCUCACUUGUUUCUUUGAUUUUAAAUAUGGGAUGAAAGAAAAAAAAAAGCUUUUAGAAAUCUCGAUUUAAAUUCCUUGAUCUCUGCUGCUUCUAUCGACAAUGGUUAGUCUUUAUCACAUCAAAAUUAAAUUAAAAUUUCAAGAUAGUCAUUCAUUUCAAAGCAUAGUUCCAUAUAGUUUAUACUUUCCCUCAUUAUUAUACAAUGGUAUCAAUUAAGAAAGUUAAUUAUUUUCUAGAAAAUCUACAGUCUGAUUUUAAUGCAUAACAAUAGUUUGGGUAUUCUCACACAUAAGAUGAACAGUAUCUUUCUUCUGCACUUCUGUCAUGCUACAAAUACUGUUGAUUGUAAGUGUGGCGUCCACCAGCUUCUCAGUUCUUAUAUGCAAAACCCCCUUCCUUCUACAUUUGACUUCCCCCAAAGUAGAGAAGUGAUAAAUCUUGUUUUCUUUAAAAUUAUCUCAUUUAUUCAUCAUAUUUGGCAUAUUGUCAUAGAAAGUUUACUUACUUUAUAACUGUCACAUUCUUCUUGUGUUUUCUCCUCACUUACAGUCUUUUCAGGUAAUUAUGAAUCUCUGUGUUAGAGGAGAGAAUUACAUUGCAUCUGUCUAGUCUGUUUUCCAUGGCUUUCGUCAUCCUCAGUGAUGAGAUUUCAUCAGCUCUUUGCCUUCUUUUGGAAGCUCCUUCAUACUGUCCUGGCUUUAAUGGUCUUUAAAAGAGAGAUUGGAGGUCUCAUGGUAGUUUGUGCUCAGAUUUCAGGGGAUUCAAGCCUUAAUGAAGAAGGUUAGUUCACACAAGCGUAGAGGUUCUAUUCCACUCCUAAAGUUGUUUUUGUAAUAGAUUCAAACUGCCUUGUGGCUUACAAUACUGCAUUUGCUUUAUGAAGCCAAUAUCUUAGAUGUCUUCUUCAUAGCUGUUACCAUGUCUAUUAUGUUGGUAGACAUGAGACCUGUGAGAAUAUUUUUAUAAAGUAAUUGAUAAGCAAGAAUCACAUGGAGAGACUAGCAUGCUGAUGCAUGACUUUAAUCCCAGCACUUUGCAGACAGAACCAGGUGGACUUCUGUGAGUCUGAGGUCAGCUGGAUUUACAUAGUGAAUUCCAGAAUGGCCAGAGCUACAUAGAGAAACCCUCUUUCAAAACAAGAAAGCCACACACACAUGGAAAGUGUUGUAGCCUUCAUAUUGGCAAUACAUGUACAAAUUUGAUGAUGGAAAGUGACAAUAACAUACAGUCCAAAGUGUCCAUUCUGAAUGAGUGGUUGGUAGUUUUAGAGUCUAGAGAUGAAGGAAAUUGAGUUUAUACCCCAAUAUAAUUCCCUCCUCACAAAGCUAUAUAUCUGCCAUUAUUGUUCUAAGGACACAUCAGAGCAGUAACUACCUAGCAAAUCAUUCUGUGACAGUAUAUGGUAACAAAACCAGGCAAAGAUAAUAAAAGGAAAGAAAAUCAUACAGCACCUGUUUUCUCACUGUUGAUGUGAAAAUUCUCAAGAAAAUACUAACAGAUUGACAGCAAUAACAGAUGAAAUUGUGCAUCAUGUCUAUGAAGGAUUUAUUCAGAGACAAAAUAGUUUCAACACACAGAAAUCAAUACUGAAAUAUGACUUAUGGACAAAAUGAGUGGCAAAGCCACAGAAUUGCCUUAAUAAGUGCAGAAAAUAGUUUUAGAAAAAUCUGAUAUUUAAAAAAGGAAAGCACAGAACUAUUGAUAGAUACAGAUGAUGUGUCUUUACAUAUUCAAAAUUGUAAGUAAUCUACAAGAGUGCUGGCACUAAUGAGCAAAUCCAGUAGCUAUGUAGAAUACAAGAUUAUCCCCAAAUCAAUUAUAUCUGUAUGCAACCUUUGGACACACCUAAAAUGAAGAAAAUGUCCCUUGAAUUCAAAGAAGCAAGACGCUUUGGAAAGAAGCAGAUGGGAAAAUAGAUGAACUUCAUACAGAACACAAGACAACAUUGAAGGAAAUUACAGAAGACCUAUGUAAGGGGGAAUUUGUGACUUAAUAGAAUCCUCACCAAAACUGCCAGCUUGCUUUCCUCUUAGAAGUUACCAAGAUGUCUCUAAAUUUUUCGUGUGAAAGUGGAAGAACUCCCAAAUAGCCAAAACAAUAUUGAAAAAAAAGAAGAAGUUUGAAGAAAUAAAAUUUCCUGGUUUUAAUGGAUACUCUAUGUUUGGAACAAAAUAUUUGAAUGGUUUAUUCACUAAAUGCAUAAAAACAAAUUUCUAUUUAAAUAGACACAGGAGAGACUUGUUAACUAUUGUCUUAGAUUGCAUCAAUAUUUAUAAUGUCAAAGUACUUUGAAGUAUUUUAGGCUUGGAGGUUAGUCCAUCUUAAACCUUAGUUUAGUUUUACCAGCAUAAGCCAUUUGGUUUGUAGCUAUUUCAAUCAGGUAGUCAGCUGAUGAAUUAGAUGACGCAACUGUACCCGUGUAGUAGAGUGUUCCAAAAGGUAUCUCCCUUGGUAAUAAUUUAUAAAAAAUUCCAUAAAUUCUUGAUAUAGGCAAUGUAUCUUUGAUAUUUUGUCACUGUGGAAAAAGAACUUUUAAAAUGCUUUCUUGCUUUGUUUAACUGAUUAUUCAAAUCUUACAUUUAUGCAAAGACUAGCUGUGUUUCAGCUUUGUUUUCACGACUCCUCUCAUGCAUAGUAUUGGAUAACUAUAUUGAUUAUGCAAUUUCAAGAAAUAACAACAUUGAUAAGGAAAAACAUUUGCAUACAUUCUAAAAAUGACAAUUUGGAAAUUUUAAAGAGGUGUUUGACUUGAAAAUAGAACUGUAUGAAUUUAUCAAAGUGGACACAGGGUGGCGCUGCAGGCUAAGAUUGGGAUUAAAAGUGCUAAAAUACCCGGAAUCGCUUGUUGCAAUACAGAACAAAAGACACAGGCAAGAGCUUGGCAGACAAUGUGGAGCUAUGAAAGGGUUUGGGCAAAGAUAUACUGGAUUAAUGUAAGAUUACGAAUGUGAAGAUUCUUCCAAAGAAGAAAUCAGAGUUCAGCAUUUCAAAGCUUUGGAAAUUCUAAAGGAUUGGUGGCAAGCCCUCACUUCCCGCUCAUGGAGAAGCUGGAGAAAGCUCACCCAAACAGGCAAGUGGUCGCUUUUAUUUUUAUGAUGGUUUUGGUUCAGGUUUGCAGUGAGCCAACAACUCGAUACUCUGUCUUAGAGGAAACAGAAAGUGGCUCCUUUGUAGCCCACCUGGCCAAGGAUCUGGGACUGGGAGCUGGGGAGCUGGCUGCCAGGUCUGCACGGGUGGUGUCUGAUGAUUACAAGCAGAGAUUGCUGCUGGAUCCUGAGACUGGAGAUUUGCUUCUGAGGGAGAAAGUAGACCGGGAGGAGCUGUGUGGCUCUGUGGAUCCUUGUGUGCUGCCUUUCCAGGUGUCUCUUGAAAAGCCAGUACAAUAUUUUCAAGGAGAAUUAUUGAUCCAUGACAUAAAUGAUCAUGCUCCAGAGUUCUCAGAAGGGGAAAUGCUAUUGAAUAUACCAGAAAACAGCCAGCCUGGUACUCUGUUACCUCUGAAUUUAGCCCAGGAUUUGGAUGUGGGCAGCAAUGGGCUUCAACAAUACACAGUCAGCCCCAACUCUCAUUUUCAUGUCCUCACUCUAAAUAAUAGUGAAGGCAAGAAAUACCCAGAGUUGGUGCAGGACAGAGCCCUGGACAGAGAGGAGCAGGCAGAGCUGAGCCUUACACUCACGGCUCUGGAUGGCGGGUCUCCACCGAGGUCAGGAACAGCCCUGGUUCGAAUCCUGAUCAUGGAUAUCAAUGACAAUGCUCCUGAGUUUAUGAACAGCCCCUAUGAGGUGCAAGUCCUAGAGAGAAGUCCCCUGGACUCCCCAAUCCUGACUGUCUUAGCACGGGAUGCAGAUGCUGGCAACUUUGGGAGAGUUUCCUAUGGCUUCUUCCAAGCAUCAGAUGAAAUUCAGAAGACUUUCUCAAUAAACAAAGUCACAGGAGAAAUACGACUGAAAAAGGAAUUGGAUUUUGAAAAAAUUAAAUUUUACCAUGUGAAAAUUGAGGCCAUGGAUGGGGGAGGGCUUUCUGGAAAAGGAUCUGUGGUGAUAGAGGUGUUGGAUGUGAACGACAAUGCCCCAGAGCUGACCAUAUCUUCACUGACCAGCUCAGUCCCAGAAAAUACUCCUGACACCAUAAUCAGCAUCUUCAGAGUUGGGGACAGGGAUUCCGGAGAGAAUGGAAAGGUGGUUUGUUCUAUUCCAGAAAACAUGCCAUUCAUUCUAAAAUCCACUUUCAAGAAUUUCUACACUCUAGUGACAGAGAGCCCUCUGGACAGAGAGAGCAGAGCUGAAUACAAUAUUACUAUCACUGUCUCCGACCUGGGCACACCCAGGCUCACAACCCAGCACACCAUAGCAGUGCAGGUGUCAGACAUCAACGACAACGCCCCCGCCUUCACCCAAACCUCCUACACCAUGUUUGUCCGCGAGAACAACAGUCCCGCCCUGCACAUAGGCACCAUCAGUGCCACAGACUCAGACUCAGGCUCCAAUGCCCACAUCACCUACUCGCUGCUGCCACCCCAGGAUCAAGAGUUGACUCUCAGCUCCUUAAUCUCCAUUAAUCCCGACAAUGGGCAGCUGUUCGCACUCAGGGCGCUGGACUAUGAGGACCUGCAGGCCUUCGAGUUCCAUGUAGGCGCCACAGAUGGAGGCUCGCCCGCGCUCAGCAGCCAGGCUCUGGUGCGCGUGGUGGUGCUGGACGACAAUGACAAUGAGCCCUUCGUGCUCUACCCGAUGCAGAACGCCUCUUCACCCUGCACGGAGCUGCUCCCCAGGGCGGCAGAGCCCGGAUACCUGGUCACCAAGGUAGUGGCAGUGGAUCGCGACUCUGGCCAGAAUGCCUGGCUGUCCUUCCAGCUGCUCAAGGCCACGGAACCCGGGUUGUUUAGCGUGUGGGCACACAAUGGCGAGGUGCGCACCACCAGGCUGCUAAGUGAGCGUGAUGCACCCAAGCACAGGCUGCUGCUGGUGGUCAAGGACAAUGGCGAUCCUCCCCGCUCUGUCAGUAUCAGUCUUCAUGUGCUGCUGGUGGAUGGCUUUUCCCAGCCCUACCUCUCUCUGCCUGAGGUGGCGCCUGACCCCACACAGGAAGUUGAGGAUGUGCUCACUGUUUACCUGGUCAUUGCCUUGGCAUCUGUGUCUUCACUCUUCCUCUUGUCUGUGGUGCUCUUCGUGGGGGUUAAGUUGUGCAAGAGGGCCAGGGCACCCUCUUUGGGUGGCUGCUCUGUGCCUGAGGAACUCUUUCCUGGCCACAUGGUGGAUGUCAGUGGCACAGGGACCUUGUCCCAAAACUUCCAAUAUGAGGUGUGUCUGACGGGGGACUCUGGGACUGGUGAGUUCAAAUUCCUCAAACCCAUGUUCCCCAACCUGUUGGUUCAGGAUGCUGGGAGAGAACUUAAUGAAAAUCUUCACUGCAGGGAUAGCUUUGUGUUCAGUUAAGUCAGAGGUUCUCAACCUGCGGUUUACAACCUCUUAGGGAUCGAAGGACACUCUCACUGCAGUCACCUAAAACCCUCAGAAAACUCAGAUUCUUAUGAUACACACAUAACAGUAGCAAAAUUACACUUACGAAGUAGCAACGAAAGUAAUUUCAUGGUUGGGAGUCAGCACGACUCUAUGAGCUGUCUUAAAGCUCUCCAACAUUAAGAAGGUUGAGAACCAGUGAGCUAAGUGAUGAUGGGAUUUCCUAAGUGUUACACAAUUCUUUUCUUUUCAGAAAUGAUCUUGUUUCUACCAAGUUCUCCACUAGUCUAAUCUACUUAUAUCAUUAAUAGUUCUCACAGUUUCUUUUUUAUUGGUGUGAAAGUUCUAGCCUUUAGUUGUACUAAUCGUAGUUCAUAUUUUUCUCCAUAUAUGAAUAACUUUGGUAAUUAGUACUCUGAUAAGCAUAAAUAAACUGUCUUGAAAUGAUAUUCUUAGUGAUCCUAUAAGACAUUCCACUUAUCUCAAAACCCUUGCAUUUUCGUGUGUAUGGGUGACACCAGUCAUUUCCAUGCAAUUUCCUCUUUUCAAAGGUAGAGUGUUUAAAAUUACUUAUGUUGGCUGAAUCUUUCUGCAUGACUAGAGAGCAGCACUAUGUCAUGUUCACUACCAGUUUAAACGCCCUGACUAGUCAAGUCAUAAACUUUAAGGUGUAUCUGAAUGUAUACAAAGGUUGUGGCACUUUUUGUUUGUGAGCGUUAUGCAUGGUAGUGGUUCUAGUUACUUGGUCGGGCAUGUUCUGGAUGUACUACAGUUAAUGUUUUGGAUUUUUAUUGGACAAAAAUUAAAGAGAACAUGUGCAGUUUGUCAUCCCAUUUAUUUAAUAAAAGUCUGAAAUCAC